AUGUUAUUAUGUUAUAAUUUUGCUAUCUGGGUAGUGCUGUCAUGGUUGAGUAAUCCGCAUACAGCGUUCAAGACAUUUGUGUCCAACCGGAUAUACCAGAUUCAGUCAAUCAUUCCAAAUUGUCAGUGGCUCCAUGUUCGUUCGGAAAGUAAUCCUGCUGAUUGUGCGUCGAGGGGACUUUCGCCUUCAGAUCUCAAAAACUUCGCUCUGUUUUGGGAGGGUCCAAAGUUUCUGUCAUCGCCCGUUGAAGAUUGGAAAGGCAAAAUUCCCAGAGUAAACUUAGCUCACUUACCGGAAGUUCGGCCGGUAUGUUUAUUGGCGAAGGGUGAUCCCCCAAUAGAAUGGUACGCUCGGUUCUCUUCCUUUGAUAAAUUGAUUCGGGUAGUAGCUCAAUUGCAGCGUUUCAUUUUGUUGUGCCGCAAGAAGAAUGUCGAGAAAGGGUUCUUGAGGCAGUCAGAAUUAGAUUGUGCCUUGAUCAAGGUCGUGAGAAGUGCCCAGAACUAUUUUAUUUGCGAUUUAAUUUCGCAUUUGGCCAAAGGAGAUGAUGCUCCUCACAAAGGGUUCGCUCGCCUCUCUCCGUUUGUUGAUCCUGUCGGGGUAGUCCGUGUAGGGGGUCGUCUCCAAAACUCCAAUUGGUCGGAGCGUCGGAUGCACCCUAUGUUGAUACCAAAAGAGUCUCACUUGGCGGUACUCAUAGUUCGUCACUGGCACCACUUUGCUUGCCAUGCUAGCCCUCGGUUGCUCACCGCGCUAGUUCAGAGGAGGUUUUGGGUAGUGGGCAUCAGACUUGUUGUUCACCGUGUGAUCCGAAAGUGCACAGUUUGUGCUAGAGUUGCCGCUGUCAACCCGCAACCCAUGAUGGCUGAUCUGCCAGGUUUUCGGGUUCAGGAAGCUCAUCCGUUUGCCGUAGUCGGAAUUGACUAUGCCGGGCCAUUACAGAUGAAGGAGUUGAGUCUCCGUAAGGCUCGGAUCUGUAAGGUGUAUAUUGCAGUAUUUGUGUGUAUGACCACAAAGGCGGUCCAUUUAGAAUCUGUCUCUGCUCUGUCGACAGAAGCUUUCUUGAUGACGUUGGAUAGGUUCGUUGCUCGUCGGGGAAAACCUUCGUCCAUCUACUCCGAUUGUGGUACCAACUUCGUCGGUGCUGCAAAACAAUUGAGGCGGUUGAUCAAUCACUCAGAUCAGAGAGAAAGGAUCGCAGGCCAUUUACCAUGUGAUUGGCAUUUCAAUCCCCCAGGUGCUCCCCAUUUUGGUGGGAUUUGGGAAGCGGCAGUUAAGUCGGCCAAGUCCUUACUUCUUCGUACCAUGAACGCUCAGGUAUGGACGUUAGAAGAGUUCACCACAGUCUUGUGUAGGGUGGAAGCUGCUCUGAACUCACGGCCGCUCGUACCCGUGUCUUCUGACCCGAAUGACUUAGAAUGUUUGACCCCCGGCCAUUUCUUGAUCGGCAGGCCGUUGCUCUCAAUGCCAGAUUCAGAACCGCCUGAGGCAUCAAAAUCGGUGCAGACUCGUUGGAAGCUCCUCCAGCAGUCGUUUCGCUUCUUUUGGCGACGGUGGUCUCAGGAAUACUUAAACACUCUCCAAGCUCGUGGAAAGUGGACCAAGACAGAAAAUAACAUAGAGGUUGGUAAUAUGGUAAUAGUUAAGACCAAAGAUGCCCCCCCUCUCUCCUGGCCAUUGGGUAGAGUUAUAGAGGUGUACCCGGGCACCGACCAGAUAGUGCGUGUAGCUAAGAUAAUCACGACCCAAGGAGUGUUCACUAGACCAGUAGUUAAGUUAGUACUAUUACCUACAGAUCCGUAG